CUAAGCGAUACCGAUAACAGAUGGACCUGCACCGUAAAACCAACGACCAUCUUCCCUAUUCGAGUAUUGCAAGCUCCGUCGAGCGAAUUUGUCGGCUACGACCGCACUAUUUCAUUCAUUACUGUGUUCUCCGGGCGCAAUGUCGUCCUCGAAUAAACCAUUACUUGCACCAGAUCGACCAUCCUCGGAGCAUUCGUUUGAGAUGUCGGCAUCCGAAGAGGAUACACUGCUGACCGGCACUCGUGCCCGAGAAGCUUCACCUCAACGCCGUUCUCCCUUCUGGAGAGAAGUUGGCUUAUUCAUAUGGGCAGUUGUAGCUACAGCUGCCGUCAUAAUUCUCGGGGUCCUUACCCAGCACCGACGAGAGACAACUCCUGGCGAUGUCGGGAACAAACCAAGUGGGAAGCGCAACCUCGUCUUCAUGGUUUCCGACGGCAUGGGACCUGCAAGUCUUUCCCUGACACGAAGCUUUAGGCAAUACGAAGGGAAACUGGCUAUCGAUGAUAUCUUACAACUGGACCAGCAUCUCAUAGGGCAGUCACGCACCAGGUCCAGCAGCAGCUUGGUUACAGACUCGGCAGCCGGCGCAACAGCAUUCUCCUGCGGACUCAAGAGCUACAAUGGAGCCAUUUCAGUUCUACCAGACCACACAGCGUGUGGAACCGUGUUAGAGGCAGCAAAGAAGGCGGGAUACCUGACGGGACUAGUGGUUACGACAGACCUCACGGAUGCGACACCUGCGUGCUUCGCUUCCCAUGUGAACUUGCGUUCAGAGGGGGACAGCAUUGCCGCACAAGAAGUCGGAGAACACCCGCUUGGCAGAGUUGUGGACUUGAUGCUCGGCGGUGGCCGCUGUCACUUCCUGCCCAACACGACAGAGGGGAGCUGCAGAAAAGACACCAGAGACAUCACCAAGCUCGCUCAAGAGAAAUACGGAUGGAACUACAUCAAUGAUAGGGCAGGAUUUGAUAAGCUGAAGCUCGGAAAGGACGUGAAGCUGCCGCUGCUAGGGCUGUUUGCUGGGUCUGACAUUCCUUAUGAAAUCGAUCGUCGCAAUCAGAACGAUAUCUACCCAUCAUUGGAUGAAAUGGCUAGAACCGCUCUCACUGCCCUGGAGGCAGCCACCAAGGACAGCGAUAAGGGAUUCUUUCUCUUGAUCGAGGGAAGCCGUAUUGAUCAUGCUGGUCACGGUAACGACCCAGCAGCACAGGUCCACGAGGUUCUUGCCUAUGACAAGGCCUUUGGUAGCGUCCUGAAAUUCCUCGCCGAGAGCAAGGAUGAAGGAGUUGUUGUCGGUACUAGCGAUCACGAAACCGGCGGCUUGUCCAUCGCAAGGCAAAACAACCCAACCUACCCGGAAUACCUCUGGUACCCAGAGGUGCUCUCCAAGGCCACCCACUCUGCUGAGCAUCUCGGUUUUGAACUCUUCGAUCGCGCUGAGGCAGCUAAGUCUACAUCGGAGGAUAUCGAGAAAUUUGUUCGCAACACCCUUGUGAAAGACGGCCUUGGUAUUACUGAUGCUAAAGACGAUGAAAUCCGUGCCAUUUUAGAUAACCCACUAGUGGCCUCUCCUCUCUUCGCCAACAUGAUCAGCAAGCGGGCGCAGAUCGGCUGGAGCACUCACGGCCACUCCGGCGUGGAUGUGAAUAUUUAUGGGUCGAAGGGCUCUGAGAAGCUAAUCGGCAACCAUGAAAACACCGAUGUCGGGAAGUUCCUGAGGGAGUAUUUGGACGUCGAUGUUGAGGCUAUUACAAAGGAGCUGAACAAGAAGUCCAGCGCGUUCGGGGUAGCGAGCGUAGGAGAGGGGUGGACUGGGCCUAUUCCCACUGAGGAAGAGAUGUUAAAGGCAGCUGAUCAUUACGAUGCUUCUCUGAACCAUCGCAGACAUUGAGGCUUAGUCCACAAUAUAAGGCGAGUCCAUUAUUGUCAUUUCAACACUUUUGUUUAGCCUUGUGCUUGUCAUGAAUACCUACGGGGUUAUCAUUUCAGAGUUCAACGGUCGUUUAUGUAACAAUAUACCCAUGAAUUUUAUCUCUCUGUAUUCUGCUCACUGACCCGUAUCUUACUUACGCAGCGCAAUCUACGUUCAGUCGUCAAUAACACCAAAUUUUAUUACAACUGAGCCCGGGCACGUGAUUACAAUAGGUGCAAGAGGCAACAAACUUCUCACAAACCAUCCCAGAGUUUCACGAACCCGUAACUCAUUGUGGAUCGGGUAGUCGUUUGAUUCCACGUCUCUAUAACUAAUUUUCUGGGACACAAACGCGUCUUUUUUCCGCUUUUGUCCGCUAUACAACCCCAAUGUUCCGGUAACCUUAUUCUCGUCCCCCGGUUUGCCUCCGCAUGUCAGCCUUAGUAUCAAACAACCUCAAAGCACCAUACAAGUGUAUGACUACGCCAUGGCAAUCGCCACCAGAAGGUUGCCUGGUGGGUACUAGCAAGAGGUUUGGGCGGGGAGGCGAAACGAUUUUGGAGAGAUAUGGAACGCAAAAGUGAUUCCAGACAGGAAAUGAUUGUGGAAGGAGUCAUAUUGUAUACUUUUUGCUAUGAGGCAUAUGGAAGUAAGUCAGGCUUGGGAUCCAGAUGACACGCGGCUCUUGGUGAGAUGCCAUAUGAAUCGAGGCUUUGCUGCUGCUGGUCUGACCUGGGUUUUGGAAGUGCGCCCUACCUCCAAGACCAAAGCACGAUUAAAGCUUGGAAAUAAAUCUUGGAUAUAGCUCUGGAUGCUUGCAAGAUCUGCCCUAGAAAGUGCAAUUUCAUACUGAGUUCGUCUAUACUCUCUGCUGGGAACUGGGUCCAGGUUGAUAUCAAGGACGCCCAUACAUCUUCAGCACACAGAACACCCAAACACAGCUGACAAUGUGCAACUAUCACCUACUGCAUUACCUUUGCGGCCACACCUCUCUCUGGGCCGGCAGCAACUGCUACGACCUCUACACACAGCUCCAGCGCAUCAACGACCCGCUCUACUACACCUCGCCGUACGCCCACCAGGUCCCAUUCGAGAUGCUGAGGCAGUGCUUGCCGAGUAGGAAUAAUAUCAGACAGCAGAGAGUUGGAGAGUGCUGUGGGUUGGUCGAGUGUUCGAAUGAUAUGGGGUCUCUGUAUGCGAGGAGAUAUGGAUGCGGGACGGAGGAUGCGGCUUGGGGGAAGAGGAUUGGCGUUGGGUGGAGAUAGGGGGAGGUUUUGUUAUUCGAGUUGGAAUGCCAGAGCUGGUAGAAAUUGGGGGCUCUCUUGUGGGCUCGGAAGGUGUGAAAAUGGUUGGGUGUGGCAUCUGUAUUCGUUAUUGAAGAUUUUCAAGCAGCUCAUAUUUAUGGAGGCUUAUUGACGGAGGAGUAGUAUUUUCUCGCAGCCUUCUCCCUUGGCCCAUGACAAUACAAUGACUUUGAAGGGUGAUAUAUUCGAUGAUAUAUUCAAGGUUUAAUAAAUUUUACACGUUAUCCCAUAUAUUCCCCAGCGGAGACGUUAACGGGCGGUCUCCUCUUGUUCGCAUAUCUUACAGUCGGACUCUCCAUUCAACG